AUGCCUCCCCGAAUACCGGUGCUGCAAGCAGCCCGAUGCUGCCGGGCAUCUAUCGCAGCCCCAUCGACAUCUCCUCUCGCGUCGCUGUUUGCUGCACUGUCAAUCCAGUCGCGCAGCGCGUCCAUCCUCGCCAGCUUGUCCGAUAACAAGGGGGCCUACAACAAGCGCAUUCGAAAGGGUCGCGGUCCCUCUUCAGGGUACGGCAAAACGUCAGGUCGAGGUCAUAAGGGCCAGAAGCAGCAUGGAAAGGUCAAGCCAUGGUUCCAAGGUGGUCAGACGCCGUUGAUCUUUAGCCACGGCAAGAAAGGCUUCGUCAACCACCGUGCCGAUGUCUUAGCCGAGGUCAACCUCGAUCGCCUCCAAGCCUUUAUCGAUGCCGGACGGAUCGACGCCACGAAGCAGAUUACGCCCAAGGAGCUCAUUCAGUCCGGCCUUGUUGGAAGAGUCAAGGACGGAAUUAAACUGCUGGCGCGCGGAAAGGGUGACUUACGGACACCCAUCGACAUUCUGGUUUCUCGAGCGUCCGCGUCAGCGAUUGAAGCGGUCGAGGCAGCUGGAGGCAAAAUCCUCACUCGUUACUACACAAAGGACUCAAUUAGGAGACUUCUUAAGGGGGAGAGUAUCAGCACGGAUGUCCCGCUGCCCGUCGGCGCUGAAUUUGUGGAAGGUGUGCUGGAACAGGCUAGGAAAGGACCUUACUUCUACAGGCUACCAGAUCCGACAAGCCGUUGGGAUAUCGAGUACUACAGAGAUCCGGCACACAGAGGAUACCUCAGCCACACGCUGAAGCCGGGUGAGUCGCCGAGUUUGUACUUCAAGGUGCCUGGGGAGAAGAAGGUUCAGGUUGUUGCGAGCAAGAACAAGAAGGCGGUUGUCGAGGACACCAAGCUCUUCUAA